AUGCCAGGCGAGGCCUACUGUGUGAGACUGAGGUUGACAUGUCUCGAGUUUCCUCCUCAUCCACAGCGAAGCGAAUUGGGAACUAUACUGGCAGCACCCUCUCCAGCUCUCACUAUGGCACCACGUACCACAGCUACACUCCCAGCCUGGGCACCAGUUACACAGACAAGGACAAGCUUUAUAAACCAGGCUACACCAACUAUAUCACCCAUGCCAGCUCUGGCCGAGCAGCGAGCAAGUGUACUGUGGAUGCUGACCGUGGCCGGCACAUCCCACAUGCUGACAUACUGAACAGGCGCAGCGAGAGUUUGAGUCGUGUUCCCCUGAAAGCCUUCCCUAGCGGACUGAGUGGCGGAUACUGUGGUAACUACGGUUACAGCACGGUGAGCAGCCCAUCGGGCUACCCUCCCCCUGGGCUGUCUCUAACUCGCAGGAAAUCCAUCAGCCAGACCGACCUAAACAGAGACCUGCUGACCCUCCACAUGGCAGACACGUACCAGUUAAAUUCCACAAAGAGCCCAACACUCGCUCGACACCACUUGGAUUCCCAGGCCGGGAGCUACAGAGCCUGCAGCCGAAGCGACAGCACCGAUGCUUACUACAGCAAGGGCUCUGGAGCUUACAGUUUACCACGGAGCAUGACACAAGAAACCAUUACAGCUUCAUUUAAAAGUACUGAUCGCUUCAGCCUGUCGUGGGAGAGGAAUGCAAGUAGUGGAAGUUGUGCUUCACCUGUACGAGACAUAGCGCACCUGUUGGUCUCAGCCACUUUCAGCUGAAGAGUGUCCAGUGACCAAACUCACUUCUUCCCUUUGUUCAUCAUCGGUCUCUGAACUCAAUUUACCAGAAAGUUUACCAUAAGGGGAGGCGAUGGACGUGUGGUAUUAUCGCUAGACUAUUAAUCCAGAGACUCAGCUGAUGUUCUGGGGAUCCAGGUUUGAA